AUGACCAGCUACUCAGCUGAGGAGCUGUACGACAUUGUCUCUGAUGUGGACUCCUACAAUCAAUUUGUCCCAUACUGCACAGGCUCUCGCGUCCUUGGGCCAUCCAAAAGUUCCGAAGCGCGAAGGAACGACCAGGGCGCAUCAAAAAUAGUGGAUGCCGAGCUGACGAUUGGCUUCUCGGCUCUCCGUGAAAGCUACGUAAGUGAAGUAUCGAUGCGGCCGAAUGAAUGGGUAUUGGCCAAGGCCAAGCCAUCGCCCUUGUUCCAGGAACUUCGCACUGCAUGGCGCUUCCGACCUCUUCCUGCGAGCCCAUCGGCGUCCUUCCCUCGUACAGAGGUGAAUUUCACCCUCUCUUUUGCAUUCUCCAACCCCCUCUAUGCCACUAUUGCAGGGCAAGUCUUUGAAAAGCUGUCGGGCAGCAUGAUAGACGCGUUCCGCACGCGUUCUGAGAGCGUGUAUGGCCGCCGUCGAUAG